CGUAAUUUCCUCCUCCAGUUCCGCGAGUUAGCGUCAUGGCAUGCAAACAAGCUAACUAGCUGCCAAUAUUACAAUUUCUUAUUAAAAAUAAUUGAGCGAGUCUAUUUUGGGGGGAUCGUAACUUAAAUGACAGCGAAACGUUUAACGUCUGACUGAACUGUUUGAAAACGUUGUCUUGUUUUGCGUUAAAUAACUCUUCUUUCAGUCUUAUUUGUUAGCUACAUGCUAGCAGUCAUUGGCUAACCUCACUAACACUAUGGCAAGUGCAGCAAAUGCAAACUUAAAUGCUGUCCGGGAGACAAUGGACGUGCUACUGGAGAUCUCCAGGUUGCUGAACACAGGUUUGGACAUGGAGUCUUUGUCCAUAUGUGUGAGACUGUGUGAGCAAGGCAUCAACCCAGAAGCUCUGUCUGCAGUCAUCAAAGAACUACGUAAAGCUUCUGAAACCCUCAAGGCUUCUGAAAACUCCACUAACUGAUGUUGCAGCCUCAGUAUGAACUUUAAGGGGAUGAUACCCCAUUCCUGGAUCUGUACCUACAAUGGGCUCUCCAGCCACUCAGACCCGUCUGUGUGUUGGCUCUCUGUCCUCAGCGCCUCCUCAGUGAUUGACUGAUCCCGUUCUCUGCUUUGACUUGUGAUUGAAUAUUUCUGUGGCGGUAUCAACCCCAGUCCUCUGCCUAAACACAAGUCUUCCCCCGACACGAGGCCAUGCUCUGGCUCAGAUUUGCUUGCAAGUUUCAACGUCAGCCAUUUGUUAAGUGGAAGAUCGAGAUGGUAUUAGCAUUGACAUCCUGCCUUAAUGUAAGAGCAUCCUUUUCCUUUCUGACAGUCAACUUGCACUUUUCAUGAUGAAAUGUUUUGUAAUGUUUUGAAAUAUCUCAUUUGUUAUGCUUUGACAUUAUUUUUAUGUUAGUCCAUAAUGCAUUUUUCAACUUAACCUUUUGGUAUCUCCAUUGUCCGUUAAACCAUCAAUGAUGGAACUAAGUAAACAUUAAAAUGUUACAGUCAACAGCCACAA